UCUUUCUGCUUCCCGAAAGAGCAGACGACCGUUCACAGCGUGAUCAGCUUUCUGUUGCGAAUGGAGUACAAUAUCCGAGCUUCGUAUUUCGCGUGGUUUUGCGUGCGUUAGGAUCAGCUUGGCGAGCUUACUUCGAAAAUUACGGGUUGCAUCCACGCUUGCGACGCAGUGGUGCGUUGCAUAGCCGACGGAGUUUUCACGGAUUAGCAUUAUAUAGAGUUUUCCCAUCAUCAGCAUUUAAGAAGAGGUACUCGAAAAGGAGCCUGAGGCCGGUCCGUCGAAGAUGACGUCGACGGACAAGCAGAGACAGGCGAGCAUCCACAAAAUACGCGAUCUGCAGCCACCUGCACUUGACAUUGACGAUCACUACGAUGUGGUCAAGGAAAUCGGCUCGGGUGAUUACGGCAAGGUGAUAUUGGCAGUUCACAGGAACACCGGGUCACAGGUGGCGCUGAAGGCUGUACCACGUAUUACGACAACGCUGAGGGACUUCCUCAUCGAAUUUCAUUACAGCUACUUUCUGUCGCCCCACACCCACAUACUAGACACCUAUGAUGUAUGCUUCGAGACACCGGAACACUUCUACUUCGCGCAAGAGGUUGCACCAUGUGGAGACCUCUGGCACGCAGUGGAAUACUACGGUGGCAUCGAUGAGCGUGACUUGAAAAUCGUCCUACGUCAGAUCGUCCCCGCACUGGAGUUCAUGCACAGCAAAGACCUGGUGCAUCGAGAUGUCCGAGCAGAGAACAUUCUCAUCUUCAGCAAAGACUUUACGAAGGUGAAACUAACGGACUUUGGCUUGACCCGCAAAGCGGGCACGCUCGUCAAGAAGCGUACCAGGUCUCUCCCGACGUGUCCUCCGGAAAUCUGGGAAGCCGUGCAUCUGGAGGGCUACACCAUCGAACUGGGCUCUGACGUGUGGCAAAUAGCCAUGCUCAUCUUCAUCUGCCUCACCGCAAAAUUUCCCUGGGAGAAAGCCGACAUCACCGACACCCGGUUCAACGAGUUCCUGGAAUGGCAGAAACGCAAGACGACCAGGACGCCGAGAGAGUUCAAGAGGUUCACACCGAGGCUACUGCGCAUGCUCAGGAGGCUCAUGGAACCGAAGCCUAGCAAGAGGUAUCCGGUGACAGAAGUGAAUAAGUACUACGGCGAUAGGUGGCUGAUGCUGAGGUCACCGCGAGCGUCCAAGGUGUCCGAAAUUUGGGACACAAUGCCCAAGGAAGAGUCAACACUCGGAGAGUUUUUGAGUAGCUACAGCGCGAGAGCCAGGGCCAGCGAAGGGGCAGGACGAGAUAAGAUAGCGCAGUGGAUUAUCAGCGGGAAAGAGAAAGAAAAGGAAAGAGAGAGAUCGAUUGACAGUAAGUGAGGGACAAGGAACCCAUCUGUAUCUGAUUAUUUAAUUUAUUAAGCUCGAAAUUUUGUAGUAUUCCUUGCGGAGAGAUUUUAAAGAUGAAGUGACGGAUGUUAUCUUAUCUGAAAGAUGUAAAAAGCUGAUGAGGAUAUCUGUUUUUUUUUCUCUCAGUCGAUAUCUUGUUUGAUAUAUGUUCAAUGCAGCGGCGUAAUUCCGUACAAGCAAAAGUGUGUUGAUGUAACGGAGCUCCGGACGAGUGUUGAGCUUGUGCUUACGUACUGGAUUCAUGCUGCGGAUACGACUCUGGCUACGGCUUUGGUAUUGAUUGCCUCCAAUGAAGGCUAUGGGUGCAGCUGUGGCCGGUGUUAUCUCGGUGACUGUGAACUUGUCACGUCUGCGUGUGGGGGAAACAUGGGAUACGGCUUCUUUGACGCUUCAUAUCUGGUUGUGUGACAUUUCUAGCGUGCCAUCAUCAAAUUGUCGAGAGUAUGCGUCAUGGCUAUGACUGAGACUCUGACUUUGGCUACGUGACCGCGAACGUGUGCGCGGAAUAAGGCUACGGACGCGGCUAUCGGACUUGCCUUCACCCGAGGCUAUGACUACAACUGUGUCUACGCUGUUACUACGAUGCUUUCUAUUUAUUACACCUUUUGUCUGACUGGGACAGAGACUCUUCCACUCCACCUGUAGCCAGACAUGUGCCAAUGAAUGUUCCAUUCGACUACAGCAACCAAGUUCCGGCGAUUUAGGCUACGGCUUUUAGGCUACGGCUAUGGCUUGUCUAGUGGACGACUGUAGAACUCCGCGACGCGCUCUGCUCGGGUGCGACGUUGCAAUAGAAAUCUGUGUGUGUAAAGUGAUGUUGCAGUUGGUACAUAGUACAAAAAGUGUUCCGAUAUUUAUUGAAGAUGAGAUGAGAGUAUACACCUGGAAUUCGUAGGUUAGCAUAGCUUCACAACAGCACCUCAAAGUAAUUGCUGAGUGUUAGUUAAUUGUACGCUCGCUGUCGAGGAUUUUGUAAGUCUUUAAACGGUGUGAAGCCAUCAGUGUCUUUUUCUGCACAUUUUUUUUUUGAGCACCAUAUCCUAUAACGUUGUAUUUUUUGUGUGUCUACAGACAGUUGUGAUCUUAUCUGGCAAAUCAUCUAUCGCUUUUAACAGGGUCAUAUCAGUGCCGUGGAAUAUCUGUUUGCCUUUACUCGAGAGAUUAGAUAAACACACCGCUUUAUGAGGAAAUGGAAGGGGCAGACAUUUAUAUGCAGACAACACCAGUGGAUGUCACUAGGGUAUGAGUCACCCGGUGCGAGAUCUCUCUGCAUCAAACCCCCUCCCCAAAUAAUGGCAUACAAUAAAUAAUAGUAUAUCAUGCCGCAUGCAGAAAAAAAAACAAAAACACGUGCUCGCCAUGGGCUCCUCAUGCUGUUUUUGGCGUCAUUCCGCCGCAGAGAAACAGACGAAGUGGCGGUACUGUGCGCCGCGUCACCCCCUUCGGUGUGGACCGCACCACUCGCACCCCCGUAGUGACGUCACUGAACAACAGAAUGCUCCAUCUGCAUUGGAUAACUACUGAGCAUGAAUGCAAACAACUCAGGGAAAAGAGGUGCUGACGCCAGGAAUCGAACCUGGGUCUUCUGAUUUCCGGCUUCCGGUACUUGAGGCACUCAAUGGCUCCAGGGAAACGGCGUGCUGGUGUGGUGUAGCGGUUAGCAUAUCUGACCGGAAAUCAGAAGACCCAGGUUCGAUUCCUGGCGUCAGCACCUCUUUUCCCUGAGUUGUUUGCAUUCGUUAAUUUCUGGGCGUUUGAGGCUUACUUGUCUGUGUCGUCCCUAAUUGUUGGCUUGCCUCGGCCAAAUCUCGUUGUUUACUGAGCAUGGCUUGCCGGCAAGGGUUAACUUUUAUAGGUCGCUACCCUGUCUUUUGCUCUCAAGGUUCCCAGAUGAACUUGACGCGUACUUCAAAGUUUCCAGAACAGGACGGGCCGUUGGACAUGGUCCUUCUUUACAGCCUCACAUGUUUUUGCCUUGAAGCGUGACAUCUUUGGAACCUAGAAGACUCUGACAUAUCAAACGCACGGGAAAAUAGAUAGUUUUAGUACAUCGCACGCUACGCCUUUGCGUACCUAAGGGAUAGCGUGAUGGUUCUGCACUGCGCGUGCGCAGAAUCACUAACGCUAUCCCUUAUACGUACGCAAAGGGGACAGCGUACGAUGCACUAAAACUCCGCAUCAUUACCGAUAUAUUAACUGCGCAUGCGUAGUUGGUACUGCACCUUUCGCGUUUCACACCCUUUGGAGGACAGACGUAAGGGCAAAUAUUUAUUCCACCAAGAAAAAAAAAUCAACUCUUUUGACGUCACCACCGAGAUUUGUACAUUUACAGGAACACCGACCUCUUUGAGGCAUUUUGUGUGUGUGUUGGGAGGAAAUAAAUAUUUGUGAAUAGCAGUUUCUCAUAAUCUA